AGUGCUAGUGGCGGCAGGUGCAGGUGGCCGCGCAGCAUCCUGGGGCUUGCAGUCUCCCGAGCGUUCCAUUGUGUCCCUGCCUACAAUUUUAAGGAACCUAAUAAAAGGGCGGUCGGUAUGUUUUUGUUUGGGUGUGUACUUUUGUUAGGUUGCUUUUUCGCUAUGCAUUAAGUACGGACUUUAGGACUCAACUAGUACCAGGAAGAAAAAGACCGGACAUUUUCACCUGUUUGUUAUACAGCGGAGGGGAAAAAUUGGGAAGAAAUCCUCAACCUACAAGAAAAAUAACCAGAAGCUUUACACUUUAGCCUGCAGUGACUUCUGUCCUGGUGUCCUAAGUCCACCUAAGUCAGUUUUGCAAUAAGAGGCUCCAAGUUUGGUUUUCUCGGAGCUUGCAUCAGUUGGUUGCAUCAUCCCUGAGUAGAAGAUUUGCGGUUGCAAGGAAAAAUAAGGUAUAGAGCUUCUCCAGCGGGGAAGUGCAUGCCUGCACGGCACGAGCCCACGCACCGCAGAACAGGCUUGCCAGGUCUCCUCGGAGACCCUGGCAGGAACCUAACAAUGAAAUCCAGUCGUCCAGUCUUUAUUUGUGGAGGGGGAAGGAGAAUCCGAGGCCAGUGGGCAAUUCGCCCACUGUUGGGAGCGACUGACCUCACGAAUCAAUAAUUUGCGUUUGACUAGGAAGUGCAGCGGUUCUUGGGGGGAGGGGCUGGACUGGUGGCGAACGCGAGCAGCAACGGUUCUCCUGAACCUCUCUCCCGCCCUUACUAUCUUGGCCCACAUUUUCCCGCUCCGUCUCGGGACCUGGACACCCAGAAUCCAUGGAAAGCAACUCGCGCUCGAGAACAGCUUUCGUACCCUUCUACGUGAUCUGCACCUUUAAACUCACUCCAUCCCAAACCGGACCCCGGAGGCACCACCCACAUCCGUCUAACAUCACUUCCUCCAGAGUUUGAAAAAAAAAAAAUCUGGGAAGGAGAGGGGUUGUGCUGAGCCGCGCUCGGCGAACGGUGUGGACCGUCUGCUGGGACUCAGGCCCUCCGUCCGCUCAGCCCCGUGGCCCCGCGCACCUACUGCCAUGGAGACGCGGCCUCGUCUCGGGGCCACCUGUUUGCUGGGCUUCAGUUUCCUGCUCCUCGUCAUCUCCUCUGAUGGACAUAAUGGGCUUGGAAAGGGUUUUGGAGAUCAUAUUCAUUGGAGGACACUGGAAGAUGGGAAGAAAGAAGCAGCUGCCAGGCCUUAUUAAUAAAAUGGAGGGGCAGUCUUUGGCUGCAGGAAGAUCACAUUCUCCUGAGGCCUAUAACAUUUGGCAUAAAUAACUGAUGCCAUUCUAGUCUCUGUAUCUCCUUUCUGAGAAAGCUGAACCUGGGCCUAGUUGGCGUAGAACUCCAGUUUCCAUAGAAACAAGAGGGUCUGUAAAAGUCGAGGGAGACAGGAAGAGCAGUUUGCACUUCCGGCUUACGUCAGACACGCGUACAACCCGGAAGUUGAGGCAGCGCGUUUGCUUAUGGUCGCUCCCUGAGAGGAUGCCGCUCGUGGUGUUUUGUGGGCUGCCGUACAGCGGCAAGAGCCGACGAGCUGAAGAGUUGCGCAUGGCGCUGGCUGCUGAGGGCCGCGCGGUGUACGUGGUGGAUGACGCAGCUGUCCUGGGCGCAGAAGACCCAACCGUGUACGGCGAUUCUGCCCGUGAGAAGGCAUUGCGUGGAGCUCUGCGAGCCUCCGUGGAACGGCGCCUGAGUCGCCACGACGUGGUCAUCCUGGACUCACUUAACUACAUCAAAGGUUUCCGUUACGAGCUCUACUGCCUGGCACGGGCAGCGCGCACCCCGCUCUGCCUGGUCUACUGCGUACGGCCCGGCGGCCCGAGCGCGGGACCUCAGGUGGCGGGCGCGAAUGAGAACCCGGGCCGGAACGUCAGUGUGAGUUGGCGGCCACACGCUGAGGAGGACGGGAGACCCCAGGCGGCGGGCAGCAGCGUCCUCAGGGAACUGCAUACUGCGGGCUCUGUAGUAAAUGGAAGUGUCCAGGCCGACGUACCCAAGGAGCUGGAGCGAGAAGAAUCCGGGACUGCAGAGUCUCCAGCUCUCGUGACUCCGGAAUCAGAGAAAUCUGCAAAGCACGUGUCCAGUUCCUUUUACUCUCCAGAACUCCUGGAGGCCCUAACGCUGCGCUUUGAGGCUCCCGAUUCUCGGAAUCGUUGGGACCGGCCUUUAUUCACUUUGGUGGGCCUAGAGGAGCCGUUGCCCGUGGCGGGGAUCCGCUCUGCCCUGUUUGAGAACCGAGCCCCACCACCCCAUCAGUCUACGCAGUCCCAGCCGCUCGCCUCCGGCAGCUUUCUGCACCAGUUGGACCAGGUCACGAGUCAAGUACUGGCCGGAUUGAUGGAAGCGCAGAAGAGCGCUGUCCCCGGGGACUUGCUCACGCUUCCUGGUACCACAGAGCACUUGAGGUUUACCCGGCCCUUGACCAUGGCAGAACUGAGUCGCCUUCGUCGCCAGUUUAUUUCGUACACUAAAAUGCAUCCCAACAAUGAGAACUUGCCCCAACUGGCCAACAUGUUUCUUCAGUAUCUGAGCCAGAGCCUGCACUAACCAAAGGAGGUAGGGAGAAGCCAUGGCUUCUGAUCUCCACUCCACAUUAUUUCUCUGGGAAGAAUAAGCUGAAGGUCUCCAGAGCAUAUCGAUGCAGUACUGUACUAGAGCUGUUGUGACUGAUUGACUCAAACUUUCCUGCAUGCCCCUGUGCCAGUCCUUGGGUUUACAGCAUAAGUUGAGACUAAAGAGAAUGGAGAACUAUCGUGGCGCAUCCUGGCAAAUCCCUCCAGAGAACGGAGCUCAGGUGGACAGGGAUUGCCUAGAUGGGAUCCUACUUGGGAUAUCACAGAGCGUUGACCAUUGACUUCCUUCAUCUGAGGCGUGGGAGAGCAGACUGGAUGGAUGAGAAUUGUUUUAAAACAAUUGUGAACAGAAACUGAAGAUGGCACAGUUCUACAUCUGCACCUGCCCUUUUAUCAUACCACAAAAGUAUUUUUUGAGUACUGUACUGACUUUUUGCUAGUCUCUAUUCUGGGACUGAGUUCACAGAUAACUACAUUGGUGUCUAUCCUUGGGAAACUUUUGUUUUUGUGGAAGUAAGCAAGUUAUCUACUAGAUUAUUUCCUCUAAUAAAAUCUUUAAAAAUAGUCUA